UUCCCUCAUUCAUAUCACACACCAGUAGUACUCAGACAAAAAUGGAAAGAACAACAAAACUAUCUUUCUUGAUACUAUGCUUAAUACCUUUUCUUCUCGGAUCCAAAGGUGAUGUUGGAAGCCUUACUCCUUCUUCCCUAUUUGAUCAAAUGCUUAAGUACAAAGACGAUGGACGCUGUGCUGGUCAUGGAUUUUAUACCUAUGACAGUUUCAUUGCUGCUGCUAGCUCUUUUAAUGAGUUUGGUACUACUGGUGAUGAUAACACACGCAAGAAGGAACUUGCGGCUUUCUUCGCUCAAACUUCUCAUGAAACCACAGGAGGAGGAGGAUGGCCAAGUGCACCAGACGGUCCAUAUGCAUGGGGUUAUUGUUUUGUGAACGAACAAAAACCACUGGGAGACUAUUGUGAUCCAUCUAUAGAUUGGCCAUGUGCCUCUGGUAAAAGCUACUAUGGCAGAGGACCAAUUCAACUCACUCACAACUACAAUUAUGGUCAAGCAGGUAACGCCAUUAAGGAAGACUUGUUACACAAUCCUGAUUUAGUGUCCACAAAUCCAACCGUAUCAUUCAAGACAGCCAUAUGGUUUUGGAUGACCUCACAGGCAAACAAGCCUUCAAGCCAUGAUGUGAUUACUGGAAAAUGGACUCCAUCUGCUGUUGACAGCUCAGCAGGGAGGGUCCCCGGAUACGGUGUGAUCACCAACAUAAUCAAUGGCAAAUUUGAAUGCGGACAAGGCCAAAAUUCUAAUUCCGAAGACCGGAUUGGGUUUUAUAAAAGAUACUGUACAAUAUUGGGAGUGAGCCCCGGUGAUAACUUGGAUUGCAACAACCAAAUGUCAUUUGAUAAAUAAAAUUACCAUUAUGAUGGUAAUGAAGUCUAAAAUAUAGUAAUAAAGGGAUCACAAUGAAUGAUCCUAUAUGUAAGUAGGACCUUUCUUGCUAAAUUAAAUAGCUUCCAUAAUGUUUCAAUAAAAUAAUUUAGUAUUUCAUCUC